AAAUUACCCAUUGGAUCUCUAUUAUCUUAUGGAUCUCACAUGGUCGAUGAAGGACGAUAAAGAAACUCUGGUAGGAUUAGGUUGGAAGAUGGCUAAUACGCUCGGUACAUUCACCACGAAUUUUCGUCUUGGCUUUGGAAGUUACGCCGAUAAACCUUUGAUGCCAUAUAUCUUUCCAAAACACGAGGAAAAUCCGUGUAAAAGCGAAAACGCCAUUUGUAAGCCACUGUAUUCCUUCUGGCAUCAUUUAGAACUCACUGACAAUAUACCAAGAUUUAUUCACGAAGUAAAUUAUAGUUCGGUGACUGGUAAUGUGGAUAAUCUGGAAGGUGGUCUCGAUGGGAUUGUGCAAGCGAUUGUUUGCGAUCAACAAGUUGAUUGGGCUCAUCAAGCACGGAAGCUGAUGCUGGUAGCGACUGAUGGACUCUUGCAUUUUGCUGGCGAAGGAAAGGUAAAAGACGAGAAGAUUCAAAAGAAGAAAUUGACAAACAAUUUAAUAUUUUUCGAUGCUAUUAUGUAUCUAUAAAUUUCUCUCCCCUCAAGCCUGUAAAGAACUUAUUGCGAAAAAUAACACCAUCGAAAGAUAUUAAAUUGUUUGUCAAUUUAAUUAUAAGUUACAAGUUUUCGACUUCACGCAAAGAGAUGUGUUUCAAGUCCGAUAAACCGCGCGGUGUGCAGAUUGAGUGUGGUGA